AAUUUGUUACGACGAAGUUUGAUACGAACCCUUGAUUGAUUGAUACCGAUUUAUGUUUAUCAUCCCAUUUGCAUAAUUUGCACGACGACCCUGAAGAACUGUGACUAACAUGUAGCCAACAUCUCUACAACUCUGUGCAAGAAGAAUCGUAGGUAGCACUUAUAAUUCGUCGUCCCAGCUAGGUGGAAACUGCUUUAGUACUCGACAUCAAAAAACAUGUCAGCAUAAAACUACAGAUCGCAACGAGGAGUUGUGCAGGGACAUCGUGCAGAAUUAAUUUUCAGAACAACGUUCAAUCAUGCUCAGUUCCACACCGAAUACGAAGCGCCGCCCUCUCGUCGUCACCGCCGCUCUCGCGGUUGUGGCAGACGUCGUGAGUUUUCAACAACAUGUGCUGCAGUCCGCGGCCGUCGCUUUGUCCUCCUCGUCCUCCUCGACACUGGUAAGGAUCAAGACGAGCAUGAGCAGCAGAAAAAGUGUAGUACCUGCGGCUGGAUCCAGCAUCCGUGGAAGUAGAAGGACAACAAGAAAUAAAACUCCGCCGUCGCUGCUGCAAAGGUAUUUUUACGCGAAGAAACAUCAUUCCUCGUCGUUGUUGCCCAGGACGAGUCGGGGGCCCUACGAUUUGGGGAAGAUGACUUCUACCCCCGGCCAGUUUUUGUCCGUGAAGGAGAACAAGAACUACAGCAGGGGUCAGAGGAUGUCGACUACCACUUUGCUGUCGACAAGCGACUCUUCAUUUCCGGGUACGAAGGCGAGCGACGAGAGCACGGAAGCGGUCGUCCGUGCCGUUUUUGCUACCGGAGGCGCUAGCUGUGCUAUCUCCAAAGCUAAAAACGAUUCUGAAAAAUACCCGGCAUGUGUAGAAGAGUUGGAGAGUGCAAUAAAGUCGGAGUUGGCUGAACAACCGGGCAUUGACACGCCUGGGAUGGGGGCUAAGAUCAAAGAUCUUGUCGAUGCUCGUAUUACUCAAUGUGAGUACUCUUGCGACCCCAACGCGAAAUUUGGCGACGAAGACAAUCCCAAUAUGGAAGAAGUCAACGCGUACGUGCUAGCGGUGAACGACGUGGCUCUGCUCCUGGACGAGGCUAAAGCGGCUUCGACUACGGUGGCCCCAACUCCCCCAGCGACGCUGGCCUUGUUUUAUCCCAGGGACGAAAAGAAGUUCCCCACGUCCACCCAGGGUUUACUUACAGAGGUCAUGCAACGAUCAAAGUCAUCGUGUCCUUGUUGCAAGUGCAACCUGGAGGCACUGCUGCAUUCCAUUGGUUCAACGCGAAAACUGUAGGCUCUCAUGGCAGUGAGACGAGGAACUCGGUUUUGCUUUUGCGGAUUUUCGCUUCUUAUUACUUGUGUCGUGUAUUAUUAAAGUACAACUAACUUCUACAACAACAACAGGAAAGCCGCUGCAGAGAAACAUUAUGAAUACAACUCUUGCGACUGACCGAGUAAUUAAUAGGGAGGCUAUAAUUCGAAUAGGAUUAUUCUUGGCGACUCCAUUUGUCGCGGCUGAUUGCAAUCGCGGCUCCUUUCGCGGCUUUGUAAUAAAGUCGCAGAGGUGAAGUGAUUUAGAUUCAAUCGAAAAGAAAAUAUAAUAUGCGCUUGUGCUUGCUCGGAGUCGGUGUCGGAGUCCUCUGGGUGGACCAUUUUUGUUCUUUUCCAUAGCGCUGCCGAGAUGACAGCGGCGGAUCUGCUCAAGAUGAAAGACGCAGAAGCCUCGGUGUUGACAACCGAAGUAACUGAAGCUUUGAACGCUAUUGUGGGCCAAAACUACGGUGGUGUAAACGAUGACCAGGUUGAAAUCACCGAGACGAUUGUGACUGCUGUUGACACGGAUGUUAUUGUUGCUGCAGUGAAGAAAGCGGAAUCAACUGCAGAGUCCAUUCAAAAGGCGAUCACGGACGCCGUCACGAAGGCCAUUGCGGAAGAUGCCGCCGGUACUAGUACUCCUGCUGCUGCUGGCACUUUCCAAGCGACUGCGACGGAGGAGAGCACGAAGGCGGUACAAGCUGCCGUGGACAGUCUCGGAGGUGGCGCUAGUACACCUUCUGCGGACCACAUCGUGGACUUGAUCAAGACGGCUCUGACCAGCGGGGGCGCGGGUACUAUCGGCAAUGACGCGUUGACCGCUGCGGCCGAUGAGCUCCAGGCUCUGGCAGCUCUUGUUGCCGCCGAAAUCACCUCGGGCGAUAAAUACGCGAAGGCGGUCGAUGACUUGGCGAAGCGCGUGGACGAGGCGAAAAAAGAAGCGGCGGAAGCUCGUAUCCUCAGUAGAAACGUGCGCUCCAUUCGAUAUGUGUCAUGUACUUAGGUUUGCAUGUCAUUGUCGUGCCCGGAUGUCUCUCAUGCGCAGUGGUCCCGUGAGGUAGAGUAUCAUGCUCUAUUUUUAGCAGGAUGAGAUAAGGGCCAAGAACACCACUAGGGCGCAGCUUUUAUAACGAGCCAAGCCCGAACGGCGCGUUCCGCCGCGUCGAAAAUCUUGAGGUGCUUCUGGAUUAUUUAGCACCAGGUCGUUUCCAAACAUCUUGACUGUGGGGUCGGGACGUAGUUUUUACACUGGAUACUAGCGGUGCUGGGGGGUGGCGCCGCGCAAAACGACGCGAACGUGACCACCACAAGCCCGUCCGCACCCUCCGCCACAGAUGGUUCUUGCUAGGCGGGACAACAAAACAAGAAGUAGAACCGAGUAGAAGAAUGCGGAAAAUAAAGGAAGUAGAAAACGCCGGAGGUGCGUGUUCGUUGAAUUUCCGCAAAAUUCAAAAGUACCCGAUAAACAUCCCGUUUUGUUCUAGAAGAAGUACUGCUGCAGGGCGUCCCAAAAAUUUUUAGCAUUGUAGGUAGCAUUUCCAUGAUUUUCUGUCAUUUGUUCCCAAUUUGUGUUUUAGCAUUGUAGGUAGCGUAGUCUUCCUGGCUGCUCAUCAAGAUUUCAAUCUCAUCUGUUUCGUACUUACUACAUAGCACUCAUCAGAAGACCUACUGUCACUCCAGGAGUCCGUUCUCAUCUCAGGUUGUGCAAUCGACAUAUAGAAAAGAUAUCACGAAAUAAACGCGGCAUCUGUGAUUUAACCUCGGCAUGAUCUGUGAGUGCGGCAUCCGUGCCGGACGUCCCCCUUGUGAUAGUACCAUACUAACAUUUUAUCAAGAUUUUAAUUCCUGGCUUGCAUUAUCUUCAUGUUAUGAUUUUGUUUUUGACUUCUCUUCCAUUUUCGGCAUACUAUACUCAUACUCCUAUCGAAUUCGAAUGCAUUGAGUAUUCCCCCCCGCCUUGUUCGUCCUCGUGACCCUUGUUUCCUCUUUGCCUGUGGCUCCUUCCUGACUCUGGAUGGAUCAUGUCGUGUGUAGUUGUUCAGAAAGUCAUUCUUGUUCACCUCUCGUUCGAUGGAAGCAAGUACGACAAGCACUAGAUUGUUUUACUUAUUCACCCGCUACAUCCUCGUCAGUCUCUGUCUCAGUCAUCGUACGGCCACAUUUCUACUGCAAGCAGCUUUUCGUUCGCCCUCUAUCUCGC